AUGGAGCCUAGCAUCGGACUCGUGGAAAGGAUCAUGCAUCCAUUUGCCACAUUUGCUCGCACCCAGCCCAGCACUUUGCACACAACCAGCCCGGUCACAAACAACACCGAACCGGAAUGGUUGAGCUCCAUGCUUAACCCCCAGAAUCGCCCCGACAGCUUGAACCCUGGGGGCGACAUUCUGUGGAGGAUGGACGGCUGCCAGACAGACGGGCACCGACUGUUCAUAACACCGCGAUUUGCUUUCAAUAAACCUCCCCAGCGGGUCGACAUCUACCUCUCUGACGAGGAUGGGUACCGGCUGUCCGAGGGCCUGCGGCGCGUUCUAGAGCUCAACAAAUCGAUGACGGUCCCGAGCAAAAAGGCGUGGCGUGUGCCUUUAUCGCAACACAUCCUUCGUGCCUUAGAACAUUGGUCCCAGUCGGAAAAGAAUUUCGAAAAAGAAUACAAGGCGCUACCAUUUGGGUCCUACAUUGCAGUAGAGACAAUCUGCGCCGAUCAGGCCAAAGUCAAAAUGCAUCUAGUGCCCUGGUACGAGACGGAGCGCGAAUGGAUGUCUGUACAGGAGCUGGCCGAGCUUUGGUCUAAGUCAGGGACAUCGACCGUAGUCCAGUGGCCCGAGAUCAUUGAUCUCCAAGAACUUCGACUUAUUGCACAACCACACGAAGCCAUCAGUAUUGUUAAGAUACCGAAACUAAGCACAUGUAGUAAAGGAGCGACAACUUUGUUUGCCUUCAAAUCGGUCUUGGACGACCUCCGUUACAUGUACCAUGAGCUAUGGCGGCUGCUUACUCUUGCGCCCCACCCUAAUAUGGUCGCGCGGCCGCUGUUUAUCGUCACGACGCGGUCGAGGUUCGGGGCCAAAGAGGGCGUCUGUGGUUUUGUGCUUGAGUAUUUCCCGCGGGGGACGAUGAGAGACCUACUGGUUCGUUCUCGAACUAACCGGCGGGUUGUCGGCGACGGGAUACCGCAGUUGAGGUUGAGCGUCACAGACAAGUUCCGCAUAGCCCGUGAGAUCACGUCUGCACUGCUGCACCUGCAGGCUCUAGGUACCUUCUACCCCGGAAUCAAGUACACGAAUGUGGUCAUGCGAGAGCGAUGGAGCGGCGUGAGUGACAAAGCGGACGACAAGGACAAAGCUGGCUGUUCCACUCUGUCUCCGGUACUAAUCGACUUUGACCAACGCGCCGGUCGCUACAUCUGGACACCUCCUGAAAUUCACCAUAGCAUGCAUGUCGAAUACCUCGCCAAUGCUUCAGAUCAUGGCCACAUGUACGUUCCGGAGGACAUUCGCACUCGCGCUGCCAAUCUCAUGCGCGUGCACUGGCCAACGUGGCAGUCCGAGAAGUCCUCAAGGAAGCGUGGGUACCGGUCGUGUUGGGAUCACGGCGAACCUCUGAAUGGAUUCAGCGCCCCGUGGCUAGCCUUGACUGCUGAAGAGCGUGACCGCUGCCAGGUCUACAUGCUCGGCCGGUUGUUGUGGCACCUCUUUGAGGAAGUCGGCGCCAUCGACCACUGCCUCCACAUCGAAGUGUUCCGUGAAGCCUGUGACUUUGACGCAGCUCGACCCGUCUUCCCUGCAUUCAGCGAGGGGCGUGAUUGUGAAAGGUGUGCACUCACCCCGGAGCCGAUCCGCCGACUGAUUCAGAAAUGCACCGCCGGCGCUCCCGAAUGGCAUGGCAAGAAACCGCCAUUGGUGUAUCGAAAAGGGAGACUCUGGGCAGAUGACCCGGGAGAAGGCUUCGAAGGGGCAGAAGAGCCAUGCGGAGCAGGACAGGCCGCGCAGGAGGCGAUACGGUCGUGGUGGGCCGACGAGCUGCAAGAUGCAGAGCGUUUCAUCUUGGAUCGUCGGCAGGAGAAGCUCUUCCCUGUGUUGAGAUCGGCGGCGGCCCAGCAGUCUCAUCGGCUUUUAGCAGAUAUGAAGUCCCGGCCGCUUUUACAAGAGGUUUCAGGAAUACUAGAGCAAGAAGAAGCGUCUUGGACCGAGGUCAGCUGA